CUUCUUCUUUUCUUCUUUUCUUCUUUUCUCCCUCUUUUUUUUUUUCCUUUUUUCCUUUUCUUUUUCUUUUAUAUAAAUAUAUAAUAGAUAUGAAUAAAGAAAGAAAAGAAAGUAUAUUUUCAAGAUAUAAUGCAACUCGUCGAAAUAGGACUUUACCUGUUCUAAAGACAGACAAAGACCUUGAAGCAGAAGAAUUGGCACGAUUUUCAUUAGAUUUACCUUCUUUUCAAGUAACUGAAGAACCAGAAAAUACGAUAAUGAGUAGUGAUGUUACUACUAAUGAAUGCAAUACCGAUGAUGACCAACCCAUAUUACAUCAAUCAAUUAAACCACCUAUCAGGAAAAAAAGAUUAGAAGAAUCAACUAUUGUUGCAAGACAUAGUAUUGGAUUUGAUGUUCCUGGUGCUGUUCAUACUAUAAUCACACCAAAACUAAGAACUGAACGUCAAAUAGAUAGUAAAUUAGUAGUUAUAAUGGUUGGGUUACCAGCAAGAGGGAAAAGUUAUAUUGUCAAAAAAUUAAGACGUUAUCUAAACUGGUUACAAUAUAAUACAAAAGUUUUCAAUGUGGGUAACUUGCGUCGUGAAAAUGAAGCCUUACAUCAAUAUGAUCAAUCAGCGGAUUUUUUUGAUCCAAAUAAUAAAGAUGGAAAUAAAAUACGAGAUGAAUUGGCCAUAAAGGUACUUGAACGAUUGAUUGAAUGGUUACGUUCUGGUGGACGUGUUGCUAUUCAUGAUGCUACAAACUCUACAAUUCAAAGAAGACAGUUGUUAAUUGAUCGUUUAUCAAAAGAACCUGAUAUUAAAGUUUUAAUAUUAGAGUCUGUUUGUACUGAUAAAAUGGUUUUGGAACGUAAUUUUCGAUUGAAACUCUCUGGACCAGAUUACAAAGACAUGAAUCCAGCUAAAGCUUUAUCCGAUUUUAGACAUCGUGUUGCUAAUUAUGAAAAGGCAUAUGACUCAGUAGGAGAUUGGGAAGAGGAACAUGAUAUUCAGUAUUGUAAGCUGGUGAAUGUAGGCAAAAAAGUAAUCGCUUAUAACAUUUCAGGAUACCUCUCUGGUCAAUGUGUCUUUUAUCUAAUGAAUUUCAAUCUGGCAGAACGUCAAAUAUUCGUUACACGUCAUGGUGAAAGUGAAGAUAAUCUAUUGGGUAGAAUUGGUGGUGAUGCUCCGUUAUCUGGAAAGGGUAGAAGAUUUUCUAGAGCUUUGUCAAGAUUCGUUAGACAACGACGGAUUGCAUUUGCUUUAGACCUAGCAAAGAGAAAAAUCCAAGAAGAGAGUGAGGCAAAGGAUCCGUUGAAAGAUUCAGAUGAUGAAUCACAAGAAGAGGAACAUAAAGAUGCAAAAGUGAGAGCAACAGCAGAAGCAAUUAAUAAUUCUCAGUUCACGAUAUGGACCAGUAUGCUGAAAAGAUCAAUGCAAACAGCAGAGGCAUUUGAUCCAGAUGAAUAUGAUAUUAAGCAUAUUAGAUUUUUAAAUGAAAUCAAUUCAGGAAGUAGAGAAGGAAUGACUUAUGAGGAAAUUAAGGCGCAGUAUCCUACUGAGUUCAAGGCAAGACAAGAAAACAAAUUAUUUUAUAGAUACCCUGGUAUAGGAGGAGAGUCGUAUAUAGAUGUUAUUCAUAGAUUACAAUCUAUGAUUAUAGAACUAGAAAGAAUGAGUCAAUCCUGCUUAAUUAUAACUCAUAGAGUAGUUUUACGUAUUUUACUUGGUUAUUUAUUAGAAUGGUCACAAACUCAAAUGCCGCAUAUGCUAGUUCCUAUUCAUACAGUAUAUGAAUUAAGACCUAAACCUUAUGGGGUUGAACUCACAAGUUGGUAUUACGAUGAAGAUGAUGAUGAUUUCAAGGAACUCAAAGGUGAUUCACCACAAUCAUAAACAUGGCUACUUUUUCUUUUUAUCAUUAUUAUCAAAUCAAUAAUACAUCAUCUCAAAGAAAGUAUAUAAACAUGUGUAGUACAUACAUUGACUAGCUUUUUAUUAUAUAAAGAUAAGAGAAAGUGUAUUCAUAUUAACUAAUAGAUAUCUCG